AUGUGUAGUUAUACAAGUUUUGCAAAAACUAAUAAGGAUUAUAAUUUACAAAUAGGAAGUGAAGAUACUUCAAUUAAAAAAGGAGAACUUCCAACUAAUAUAAUUAAGAACAAAAUAAAAGUGUCAAUACCUAUUGAUCAAGAUGAAGAAGUGAUGACAACUUCUAAUUCAGAUUAUACAAAUAACGAUAAACAAAAUAAAAAACCUACACAAUUCACAAAUGUAAAUAACAUUAUUGAUAAUAAUAUAAGCGGAGAUGAGUCAGAAAUUCCUAAUUUAACAGAUUUUGAUAAAGCAUACCAUAAAUUAGAUCUGCGAAAAAUGUGGAAGCUUAAGAGUGGCACUGUCGUUGAAAAGAUUAUAUAUGAAUAUGCACAGAGCCUAUCAUAUGAGUCAUGCUUACAUUCAUUUAUCAUUAAUAAUACUGAUGAAGAAGCGAAGUCUUUAUUUAGUAAAAAAGAUUGGGACGAAAUUUUCUUAUUUAAAAUUAAAAAGAUACCAAAGAUUGAUAAAUCGAUUAUUAAUCUUAUGAAGAAAAGGAUGGUAUCAGCUAAAUAUAUGGGUCCACUUAUUGAUUCUGCGUUUCGUAAUUCAAAUAUUAAUCUAAUACGAGUUGAUGGAAUGAGUAGAGCAUCAAGCGAUAGAAAGAAUCAAGAAAAUCAUAAACCAAAUUGCAAAAAGAUCAGAAGGAAAAGAGAUAGAAUAUUUAAAUUAAAAAGAAGUAGGUUGGAAUUUAGAGCGAUCAAAGCAGGAAGAAAGUAG